CCAUAUAAGCCUUCUGGCACUCGGUUUCUUCUCUCUCCUUCUCACUCUCUCGCAAGUGGAGGGGAGGAAAAGAAACGAAAGAAAAUAAAAAAAAAGUGACGUCUUUGAUCGAGUAGCAUGCUUUCGACGGCCAUGAUCUCCUCGUCUCGUGAUCGUACGGCCAGGACGUGAUUGUCGGCUACGUCUAUAGAGCAGUUGGAAGCAACUGGUGCUCAUGGAGGUUAAUGGCCAGAGAAAAACCAAGAGAAAAGACUGUUUUUUCCGGGAAGAUAAUAAUGCAAAUUCUCUGAACAAUUUUGGUGAAUUUGAUCCAUGGACGGCAUGGGCAUACAAGCCUCGCACAAUUUCUUUGCUACUCAUUGGAACCUGUCUUUUAGUGUGGGCAAGUGGAGCACUUGAUCCGGAAAGCACUGCAUCUAAUGAUGCUGUCACAUCUGUGAAGAGGGGUGUCUGGGCGAUGAUUGCAGUCUUUCUAGCUUAUUCGUUGCUUCAAGCGCCUUCAACGGUACUUAUCAGGCCACACCCUGCCAUUUGGCGUCUGGUUCAUGGGAUGGCUGUUGUUUACCUCGUUGCUCUUACUUUUUUGCUUUUCCAGAACCGUGGCGAUGCUCGGCAGUUAAUGAAAUAUCUUCACCCUGAUCUAGGAGUUGAACUACCUGAAAGAUCAUAUGGAACUGAUUGCCGUAUAUAUGUACCUGAGAAUCCCAAAAGCAGGUUUAACAAUGUUUAUGAAACAUUGUUUGAUGAGUUUGUUCUUGCUCAUAUUUUUGGAUGGUGGGGAAAAGCUAUAAUGAUACGAAAUCAGCCCCUUUUGUGGGUUUUGUCUGUUGGCUUUGAAUUCAUGGAGCUAACUUUUCGUCAUAUGUUGCCAAAUUUUAACGAAUGUUGGUGGGAUAGUAUCAUUCUGGAUAUCUUAAUCUGCAAUUGGUUUGGUAUAUGGGCAGGAAUGCGCAGUGUUAGGUACUUUGAUGGGAAAACAUACGAGUGGGUUGGUAUAAGCCGCCAGCCAAAUAUCAUUGGUAAGGUGAAAAGAACACUGGGCCAGUUCACACCUGCACGAUGGGACAAAGAUGAAUGGCAUCCUCUGCUUGGGCCUUGGAGGUUCAUCCAAGUGCUCAGCCUUUGCAUUGUGUUUAUGACUGUAGAGCUCAACACCUUUUUCCUCAAAUUUUGUCUCUGGAUUCCUCCUCGAAAUCCCUUGGUUGUGUAUAGAUUGAUUCUGUGGUGGCUAAUUGCGAUACCAACCAUCCGCGAGUACAACACCUACUUGCAAGACAGAAAGCCUGUGAAGAAGGUAGGAGCAUUCUGUUGGCUUUCGCUAGCAAUAUGCAUAGUGGAGCUUCUUAUCUGUAUCAAGUUUGGCCACGGUCUCUUUCCCAACCCAAUGCCCCCUCGGCUGAUAAUUUUCUGGACAUGUGUGGGUUUGGUCCUCAUGAUCUUCCUGCUUGUUUGGUCAUGGCAUAUUCAUCGGGCAAUGAUGAGAAAAAGAACAUUCUGAAGGGCGGUACUGAUAGAGUUGAGCUCUGUUGCUAUGACUGAUGGAAUUUUAGAGUUUAUGCUGUUAGUAUGUAUGCAAUGUCUAGAAUGUCGGUCGGUGGAGGAAUCAAACUUGUCGGGUGGACUGUGUUUAAUAAUUUAAAAGAUGUGAAUCUUAUUCUGUGGUAACUUUUGGUGAAGACAUUCUGAUGUGCUUUUGGAUGAAUCAUGUUCCGAAAGCAUGUGGCCUUUGUCGGCCUUCUGGAAUUCGGUAUUUGGAAUGGCUGAUGCACUCAAUUGAGUCAGCUUUUCUGUUCAAGAAAGCAAGAUGAUCAUGGUAUGGGAGGACAUUGGAUGUGGGAGGUGCCUCCCAAGGAUAUUUUGCAAAGCUUUUCUUAAUCAGCAGGGAUGAGAAUGUGUCAAUUGCCUGCUUCUUGCAGAAGAAUAAUGGAGAAACAGGUGGUAUAAAUGCACUUCAGAUGAUAAAUUGCUAAACCCUUUGUACAGUUCUUCCACUUACUUUUUUUCCUUCAGCAUAUAUCAACCAUAAGAUUAUAUCAGAUCUGCCGAG